AUGUGAUGUCAGACCGUUCGCAGUCCGGCAAUGGCGAGCUAGAGCCGAGGAAGGAGAAAGGAGAGAGAGUCACUCGAAUCCGAUGUAAUCCUGCGUGCAGGCGGCCAGAAUGACAAUAAAAUUUGGUGGAGCAUAAUCUACGGCGUUUAACGUGUCGUCUGGUGUGGAUAUUGUCGGGGUGCAUUUGGAAAGAAGCGAGAAAAGUGUUGGUGAAAAUCCCUCUGUGAGAGAGACUGAGAACAGACAGACACACACACACACAGAGGGAGAGAAAUAGAGUUUCUCUGAGUAACCCGGGUUAAAAUCAAACUCACACAGUGGGCACCAGGCGAAACCCACCAUGGAACUCAGAGUGGGAAACAGGUACCGACUCGGCAGGAAAAUCGGCAGCGGGUCCUUCGGAGACAUAUACCUGGGAACUGACAUUGCUGCAGGAGAGGAGGUGGCCAUUAAGCUGGAAUGUGUGAAAACCAAACACCCACAGCUACAUAUUGAGAGCAAGAUAUACAAGAUGAUGCAAGGAGGUGUUGGCAUUCCCACUAUCAAGUGGUGUGGUGCGGAAGGAGAUUACAACGUGAUGGUGAUGGAGCUGCUUGGACCAAGUCUCGAGGAUCUCUUUAAUUUCUGCUCUCGUAAAUUCAGCCUUAAGACAGUCCUUCUUCUUGCUGAUCAGAUGAUCAGCAGAAUUGAAUACAUUCAUUCGAAGAAUUUUAUCCAUCGUGAUGUGAAACCUGAUAAUUUCUUAAUGGGGUUGGGAAAGAAAGGCAACCUGGUCUAUAUUAUUGACUUUGGGCUAGCAAAAAAGUACCGGGAUGCACGAACACACCAACAUAUACCAUACCGUGAAAAUAAGAACCUUACAGGAACAGCUCGAUAUGCUUCGAUCAAUACCCAUUUGGGAAUAGAACAAAGUCGCCGUGAUGAUUUGGAAUCCUUGGGCUAUGUUCUGAUGUACUUUAACUUAGGAUCGUUGCCUUGGCAAGGUCUGAAGGCAGCAACAAAAAGACAGAAAUAUGAACGCAUUAGCGAAAAGAAAAUGUCGACACCGAUUGAAGUGCUCUGCAAAGGUUACUCAUCUGAGUUUGCCACAUAUUUGAACUUCUGCCGCUCUCUACGUUUUGAUGACAAACCAGACUACUCCUACUUGAGGCAAUUAUUUCGCAAUCUCUUUCACCGCCAAGGCUUUUCCUAUGAUUAUGUCUUUGACUGGAACAUGCUCAAGUUUGGAGCCAGCAGAGCUGCCGAUGAUGAUCGUGAACGGAGAGAACGAGAAGAACGAAUGAGGCAUGGCCGAAAUCCAGCAGCGCGGGGAUUACCUUCGACUGCUUCUGGAAGGCUUAGAGGAAAUCAAGAAGUGGCACCACAGACACCCCUCACACCCACAUCCCACACUGCUAACACAUCUCCACGCCCUGUCUCUGGCAUGGAACGGGAGCGAAAAGUGAGCAUGAGGUUACAUCGUGGCGCUCCUGUUAAUGUUUCCUCAACAGAUUUAACUGGACGUCAAGACGCAUCACGAAUGUCAACAUCACAGAUCCCAGCCCGGGUGACUUCCAGCGGCAUCCAUUCCACUGUUCCUCGAUGAAAAUAACUCACCAUGGAGGGUGGACAAUGCAUGGCUGAUGUCCCAUUCUAACCUUGAAACUUGUGACCCCCCCCCCCUUACAAAGUAAACCAACAAAAUGAAGCUCUCGAUGCCUUUAAUUUAAAUGCAGAAGGAAAACUUCUUAAAAUGUUUUCUUUAAGAACACCUUCACAAGGAAAUCUUUGCCUGACUGCAGUGUAAAAUACAAGUUAAAAGAUUGUGCCCACUGCUUCAGUAGCAAGGGCUCUAAAGACGGUUUACAGAAUUGACCGCAUAUAGAAUAGAUAUCGCCAUCCCUCUCCUUCCAUGAGUGGCAUUAUGUAGCCUUUUAUUACUCUACUGUACAACCGUAGACCUUACUUGGUUUAAAUAUUUUGUAACAGCCUGCUAAAGUUGAAAGCAGAAUCUAUGUAGAUAAGUAGAUUGUUGUCCUGCUUUUAUGUAUGUGAUGCUCUUAUCGGUUUGAGAAUUGAAAUGAAGAUUGAUUGGUUGACUUUGAAAUCCCAUAACAAUAGGGUUCGCAAUGGGUGUUUGUGAAUUUAAAAGCAGCUGAUUUUAUUUAAAGCUUUCUCCAGUCUUUUGUAUUAAAUUUGAGUUUAAAAAUGUUUUCUUCUUUGGUAGCACACUGUAUCAAUUAAUGUUUUUGAAUUAUUGUUUAGGUUGUUUGUGCACUUUUAACUUCCACAUUUUAUUUUUUUAUCAUAAUAAAAACUGAAUGAUCAUUGGUGCCAGUAGCCAUUUUCUAUCUUGUGGAAGAGGCUGCCAACAUAUCAGGCAGAAGCAAUGAUGAUUAAAAUGGCAGUGCCAAAGUCCAACAGAAAAUGUGACAGUAAAAAUCAAAAUGUGGAAGAAUAAAGUUUAAAAAGUAAUGGUAAAGCUGUGUUUUGGUGGCAGUUAUUUUUAAACUACAGCGUCUAAAUAGCGUUAGGACCAGGUUUACUCGUUGAGUUCCCUGGCCUAUGGAGUUAUAGCAUCUCCAUUAUUCACUUGAGUAGAAAAGGCUUUUUAAACAAAAAGCUCCGAAGGACAUGUACAGUAAAAAUGUGAAUUCUGCCAUUAGUCAAGCGUGGCUAAUGAUUAUAUACAUUCCAAUGCGCAUGCUUCAAGACGUUCUUUGUUAUUUUAAAAUGUUUACAUGUGGUAUUAUUGAAUCCAGAUUGGAGGUGUUUAUUGAAACCUCACUGGAAUUCAGCCAAAACUCAUAACUUGGUUGCCAUGUACAGCUUCCAGGUAGCGCUCUUGAGGGAAUAGAAGAACUUGGACGUGUAUAUGUUUUAUUGAAUGCUUAGUUCAUCUCUUCUUAUCAAUCACCCACACUUGCAUUUCUCAUCAGCGUCUUGGGAGGUUACAUGAAGGGGGCUGCUGGCUAAAUGUCAGAAAUACCUUACUAUUGAUGCAUGCGCACUGACAUGUUGAACAGGAACACAGCUACACCUGGCAUUUACUGUAUUAAGAUUCUUUCCUUAAUUUCAGUAGUUAUGUGAGAUUAAUUUUGUAAAUGUUUGUGGUUAAAUUAUUUUUUCUCCCCAUAAGAUUUGUUAGAGCAAACUUGAAGAUAAAUGUUUCCUUCUCACAGCCAAUACAUCAAAACUGGUGGUGCCUCCAAGAUAUCAGACUCUUCCAAUUUUUUUUCCCCAAGUAAAUGAACCACAGUGACCUUGGAUGGCUGUUUUUCCCCUCUGUAGAAUGUCUGUGUAUAUCUUGUGUAAUGGUAACAGAAUACUGGUAACCUAUUUGUAUUGCAGCUGUAUUUGUGUACUUUAAAAAUGUAAAUAAAUUCAUAUUGACUUGUA